AUGGAGAACUUACCUCACCCAGAACUCCAGGCAAUUAAAACCCGCCUCCUUCAGAUUCACGAUGGAAUUUCAACGUUUACACCGCUUACAGCCAGACCACCCAUCCUCGAUUCUUCCUACGACGCUGGCAACGAAAAUAACGAAGACAAUCAAUGGCUUCAGCAAGAAAUUGUUCCCGGACUGAAGAAGUUAAAGGAGAAUAUCAAGCUUGAUCUAGGCGUAUUGGAGAAGUUUCUCGACGAUCCAAAUUGUGUCAAUCUACCUGCGCUGUCGACGAAUGCACCGUACCUCAUCGCUGUGUGGAACGAGGUGAUAUGCGCAGCACCGCCAAUCGUAUCGGUUUACAAGACAUUCCCCCUCCAAGUGUCAUCCUCUACAUUGACUCAUGCUGAAAAAGUUGGCACUCGCCAGGAACCUAAGACUGGGGCAAAGGUGGAUGUUGUUGCAGAUAAUGGACGCCAGUGGAUCCGAGUCAAUACUGUCAAAAAUUCGCGCAUGAUGUCUGAAUUUCGCGAAAUCGAUUCGUAUCUUACAGACAGCAGUGAUGACUCUGAUGAAGAAUGGGAUGACGUCUCACGGCCUACUCUAGCCCAAAAAGAAUUCGAUAACUCGGUCCUGCGUAUGGGACGCACACUAUUACAAGCAGCGAAAGCCAACCCAAUCGAAGGCACUGCUGAAAUACCCAAAGUUACUCUCCGGCUCACACGUCUGGACCCACACGCAAACGAGGAUGGUACAUUGCCCGACAGUCGUAUUGGCGAGACAAUCGACAGACUUCUCGAGCUCGGAGUGAACGUUGAACUUGGGGAGCGCACCGACGCCGAACUGUCUGCCGUGCCUCCACCAUCUACUGAGGAUGCCCCGAUACCUGAUGACAUCUCUUUUGCCCCUACUUCCAACAUCAACCUCGACCUUUCGGGAUUGAUAGCCCUAAUUUCAGAUCUUACUCAUGCCUCAGUUCCUGAGACGCCUGAAGAACUCAACAGGCGCUUCGUUCCCCCUCAGGAAUAUCGUGAAUGGAAACAGAAGCGCCAAGAUAUGAAACUCAAAAAUGGGGGGAAAUUCUCUCAGUCUGAUCUUGAAGACCGCGGCAAGUCGAAGAAAUCCAACAAGAAUGCAGGAGGCGGUACGCAAGUCCAGAGGGAAGGUUCUGAGACUCCUGAACUAGAAAACGAUAUCAAUGAUCUCCCUCGCGACUUAAUACAACAUGCGCGUGCGUUGACUAACCAGUUACUCCAGGAAAUGGGGCAAGGUCUUCUUCAAGAAAUCCGCGAUAAACUCGAAAUGUCCACCGCAUGUCCCAACGAAAUAAUUAACCCCUCAUCAUCUUUGAAAGUGGUAUUUUGGACAACCUCAGAAGCGCGUGAACGUUGCCUCCGCAUCGUAUCCAAAAUUGGCGGUGUACAUGAAAAGAGAAGGGCAUAUGCACUCUUUUGUUUGUCUCCAACUGACGGCUCAGAAAUUUCUCUUGAAGAGGCUGAGCGCUUGUACUGGCAAGGCUCGCGCUUUACACCUCAGUUUAUCCCACUUCUCCCCAUUCAUAUAUUUCCAUCUGACGCCCCUGACGCCUCGUCGGUCGGACCAAACGUCCCCGUACGUCCCAGGUCAGGUUUUGCAAAGGCUCUGGGGAAAGUGUGCGCCGACAUUCUCUCCCAGGAGAGUAUCCCGCGCCGACGCGCGCUGCCCACUGACGACAUAAUCAACGGCGCUAACUCCGAGAUCCAGCGCGCUACAGUGACUAAGGCGAACCCUCGGCUGACCGCGCAUACAGUGCAGAGCAUGCAAUGGGGUGCAGAGCUUGGCUGGACGACGCUUACCGCCAAUCGGACAAGCGUCAAGGCAAUCUUGCGGGAGCUCAAAAGCGCCAAGGUUGCGGGAAGGCUGGCGGGUGUGGGUAAGGGGGACAGCGAUGCGGAUGGGCAGGCUACCGCCGCGAUUUGGAUUAUUGACCCGCGUAGUCUUGCGGAGGGUAUGUCGAGCGUGCCACCUGUGCGCAGCGGCCAGUGA